AUGGACAUCGCGACCGGAACGGAGCAGUCGUCGGACGGACGGGAGGUGUCCGAGCGGCGUGCGCGGCGAGUGCACAAGAGCGCGUCGGAGGCCAACAUCAGGGGAGCCGGGUUGCGGGGCGGGUGCGCGUUGGCGGGGUCCAUGGGGAUGUUGACGGGCGCGGGCAGCGGCAAGUGGGUGAACGGCGGGUCCAUGGGGGCGAUGGAGGCGCAGCUGCGCGCCGAGCAGGAGGAGCUGGCGUACCUGCGCAUGGAGGUGGAGCGCAUCGAGCGCAGCGGCGUCAUCGACAUCGUCAACGAUGACGGCGUCGGCGGCGGCGGCGGCGGAGGCGGCGGCGGCUUCCCGAAACACCUGAGCUGGAACUACCGCGGGCUCGACAUCACCCCCAAGGGCAGCAGUCGCGCGCAGGCCGGCGCAGAUAGGGAUGGGGGGGUAGGGGCGGAGUCGGUGCUGGCGUCGUGGGCGCGGGAGCGGCGUGAGUUGGAGGGGCAGGUGGGCGCAGUGAAGGCGGAGCUGAAGCGCAAGGAGAGAGCGCUCAAGGCGGCGGGCAAGGGCAAGGCGGCGGCGGGCAGGGAGGUUGACGCGGUGUGGGCGCAGGUGAGCGCGGUGGAGGCGCAGCUGCACGACGUGCAGGGCGACAAGUGCGCGCUCGAGAAGGAGAUCCAGGGGCUGCGCGCGCUGCUGCACGUGUCGAGUGCGCGCGACUCAGGGGAGUCAGCGGGCGCGCGGGGCGCGGACACGGAGAUGGCGGGCAUGCUGAAGAUGGUGGGCGACUUCUCCCGGCGACUCGCCCUCGCUGACGACGCCGUGCGACGCGCCGAGGCCAAAAACGACCAACUGUCGGCCCAUCCCCGCCUUGACUUGCUGCAGCCCAUCCCCGCCUUGACUUGCUGCAGCCCAUCCCCGCCUUGA